CCAGGAUGACGCAGACUGGGUCUUAAAGCGGCAGGGGCACUCAUGUAGGUCUCCCCCUGUCCUCCAGAAACCGGGGGGUGAGGGGGGGGGCUUUCAGCCCCCUAGCAGCACGAUCCCACGCGCAUGGCAAACCUUGCUGGAGCAGCUUGACUGUCCUCAUUCUACAGGUGGUGAAACCCUGGGGGCUGCCGCUUCCUUGUCAUCCCCAUCUCCAAGGGCCCCCCACACCCCCCAACGGGCUGAGGACGCUGGGAAGCAGGAGGCUGCGUUACGGUUGCACCAUCAGGAUUGUAGUCCCUCCAGGGAGAGGGGGCGUGACCGCCCCAUGUCCCCCCCUCCCUUCCCGACACCCAUGGCAGCGAUGGCGGGCUACAGUCACCCCUUGCUCCUGGCCGUGGCCCUGCAGUGCCUGUUACAGCCGGCCCUGGGCCAAGCCACGAACGGGAGCACCGCGACACCCAGACCUGCAUCGGGGCUCACGGAGUCAGAGCGGCUGGCGGCUAUCAUUGUCCCCUCCCUAGUUGGGGGUCUCCUGCUUAUUGGACUCGUGAUCUUCGGGGUGCUCAAGGUGCGGGAGAGGCGGCAGACGGAGGGCACCUACCGGCCAAGCAACGAGGAGCAGGUGGGUGCUCGGGUGGUGACGAACACUAACCUCCAACUGCCCCCCGAGGAGCGGCUGAUCUGACCUGGGGGGAGGGGGGGGGUCACACACACCCCCUCCCCGGACUGGCAGACUCUGCACCGGCUGGACCCUGCAGUUCCAGAGCCAGCCGCACACCUGGAGGGGGGCUCCUUGCUCUCUGCUGGCUGGAAGGAGCUGACGUCUUCGUCGUGGGGUGCAUCGGAUUUCCACCUGCGCCCUGCUGCUGCAGGGGAGUGGGGGGUGCUGCCCAGCCAGGGUCGGCCCAGGGCAGCUUGCCCACGAAACUGCUGGCCGUGUUGGUGCUGUGCGACAUCGCCUCCUGGUGGACCACUUUAUCCAUCCCCCAUCCACCCCCGUCUGCGUCUCACACGUGUCCUGUAAUCUCCCUUACCUCGGUCGGCGUCUGUCUGUCCUGGGGCCGGCUGCAGGGGGGUUGUGCUUGAAGCUGCCCGGGUCAGCAAGCGGCCUCAGUUUGCAUUGCAGGCUGCAGAUGGGGAGUGACUCUGUGUUGGCACCCGGGCUGGUGAAAGCCAGGCUGGCGCAGCAGCGAAGGAAGGGGAAGCUAGAAGCUCCUGCCCGAGCCGCAGGGGAAGGUUUUGGCUUUAAAAAAAUCUGCUGAAGGGAAACAGCCGUGUCUAUGCAUUGUUUAAAAAACCGAUCCCCCGGGUUAGUUAAUACACAUUAGCCCGAGGUGCAGACAGAAGGUAGGGGAAGAGAGGUUUAAGUCCCUUCACUGUCAUGCCUCAGUUUCCCUAUCACUCCCCCUCCCCCUGGUGCUCUACAAAACCUGCAGCCUUCUUGGGUGUGUGUAGAAGGUGCCACAUCACUGUCUAGUGGCUGGUGAAUGCAGAGGAUAAUAGCCUCCUGCGGCUGUCAGCUGAUGGAGCUGCUCCUUGGGCUGGGCUUACUGGACUCAAACCUGGGCGGCCGCUGGGGUCAUUUCUCAUGGUAGGGGGAGCAGUGAAAUACACUAAUAACUCAAAAAACAACUGGGCGGCCUUUUUUGCUGUCCUGUCCCUGGGGAAUGAACCAAACUGCACCCAACUUAACGAUCCAAAUCUUUGUCCUCUGGCUGGGCUGUGAUUCAUCCCUCCCUUAAACCAAAACUUGUUGGAGUCUUCUCCAAUGUGCGGCAUCCCCCUGGAGCCGGUGUCGGUGGCCUUUUCACCCAAACCACUGUGUCCCACAGCACAACCCCACCCCAUUGCUGCCCCCCCCGGCCAGCACCGGGGCUAAGAUUAUUUCCCUGCAUGGGGCAGUCUGUCCCCCCAACAGUGAGGCUGGAGCAGGAGCAACCGUCCUCUCCCUUAAGCUUCCAGACCCAGCUGCAGUAGAAGCCGCGUGGGGGCGGAUUUCCUUGCCCCAUUAGUCACUUGUACCAGGAGCGGUUCCCGAGCCUUGGGCUUGGCUUGUGGAUCUUUAGCUCGGGCUGGCUCUGCCUUUAUGCCACCCGUGGCUCGUUGCUCUGAACAUCUCAGCCUCUUAACUUUUUAAUGUAGUGGCAGGGAGUUCCCCAGGCUUCCAAGGGAGGGAGAUGGGGGAGGGAAGCUGUUUGCCCAGCAGGCCAUCCAGCAUCAGGGGUUGCUAGGAACCCAGUUCCCCAGCCAGCAGCCAUCUUUACAGCCCCUGGUCGAUGCUUCCUCGCUGUAGGCUGCGUCUGGGAUCUGUCCCCCUGUCUGCCGCCGGCGCCUCCGUGGCAUGCUCAGUGCCUGGCUGAAAGCUUCCCCUGCUCCUCCAGCCGUCAGCUGGUGCUGCGUGUUCUCCGCCUCAGUCACCUCUUCUCUCCUUUCAGUCCUCCCGGGAAGACCCGAAAUUAACCGAGCUGUGAGAGCUGGGAGCAAACGUCACCAGAGCAUGGCCCUUGCGCUUUGAAAGUGCCGGAGUUGGGAUCUCCUGGCCCCAUGCCCGCCCACUGGUCAGUUCCGCACCCCACCCUCCCCGUGGGGUCACUCUGCCCAGGCUGCCUCUUACAAGCUCCCUGUUCACCCAGCACCGGGAGGGGCUGGUUGCUGACGGGGGUUCAGGGGCCCUGUGAUCAUACAAUUAACUGCAGCAGGGCUGGGGUCCUGAUAUGGGACCAGCUAUUCACAGCUCAGGGUGGGCCCCUGGGUGCAGCUCAG